AUGGCACGCAGUUCUGCUCCGGCUGCAAUCUUCACAGCACUCCUCGUCACAGUGCUCCUCGCGCAAGGAAUUGAAGCAAGAUUUCUUCCCACCAACCGCCUUCCGACCAACAUCAAGCCAUCCGAAGCAGCCGCCAAAGCAGCCGCCGCGGCCUCAGCAGCUGCCGCAGCCGCAGCAAAAUCAGCGGCCACAGCAGUCGCAAACAUUAACGCCAGCCCCGCAUCCCUCAACUCCAGCAUUUCCGACUUCGUAUCGUCCCUCAAUUCUUCUAUCACCGACUUCGUGUCGUCGCUCACGGGAGGAAUCGACCAACUGGUCGUGAGCAUCAACAGCAGCGUGUCUGCAGCGGAGGCCGCGCUCCAGGCGCAGGUAUCUGCGUUAAACGCCAGCCUCGCUGCGCUUAGCGACAGCCUCACGCAUCUAAAUUUCACGCUCGCCAGAGCGAAUAUCUCGUCGGACGGGAUGAUCGCGUCAUCAUCACUAGCGCCGCUGCUGACGGCCUUGAAGUCGCAGCUUUCGUCGCUCGAGUCGAAGCUGUCGGCUGAGGCCUUGAAGGCUCGCAUCGACGCCCUCGCGAAGGACCUCGCCGGUUUCGCGGCAACGGCGGGGUCCGCGGGGGCGCAACCGGCGCUCAUGGCAGGUGCGCAGCCCCUCUCGACGGUGGGGACUUCUGGCGCGGCGUCCGGCGUCCCUGCCGCCGGCGAGUUGGCGAGGCAGAUCUCCGAUCUGACGCAGCGGCUCGCGGGGAUCAACGGGAACGUCAACGCGCUCGCUGGGAUGGUGAACGUCGUUGCUAGCGGGAUUGCUAACGGCGUGAACGGGGCUCUCAAUGGCGGUGUGGACGGCAGCGCGGUGGCGAAUGUCGCGAAUCUUCUGCCCCAGCAGGCGGGCAUGCUGCGUGCCGUGCUAACGUCAUGCAACGGCCUGCUGUCUCUCCAAGCCGGCGCUGCUGAUAUUCAGAUCCUCAAGAUUGGCUCGGACUAUCUGCUCACAUACUACCUGUACGUAGCAGGAGUGACCAAGGCCCCAGACUCUCAGGCCAUUUUCAACGGCAACCCUUGCAACACUGCUGCCACUGUGCCCCUCGCCCUGCCUGGCACGUGGGUGCCCAUGAGCCCUGUGUCCUGGUCGCUGGCCAAUGUUGUGAGGGCGUCAGCUGCUGACGUGGUGGAUCUGCUCUCAUCUCUCCAAGUGGUCACCAAUGACAGGCUAUAUGUGGGCUUCUUUGGCCCUGACGGAGCACUAUCAGGAAAGAUUAUUGGGGGGAAGUUUUAG